CCCGCCGCCCCCGCCGGCAGCCGCCGCGCCUCGGGCAGCGGGAUCCAGACCCAAGUCCAGAGCUGGCUCGGCGCGCAGAGCACCGCUUGAUUUUUUUCCCUCCUCACUCCAGCCCUCUCUGAUCUGGGCGGCGGUGGCGGCGGCAGGGGGAUGGGGGCUCCACGCGGAGAAAAGGGGUGACGAUCGAGGAAGAUUAUUGUUCUGUUUAAAGGAUGCCUUCGCUUCCUCCCAAUGAGUCUUCUGUGAGCCUUCUUACUAGAGACUGUGAACCGGAGUGAGGGAUGUAAAGAGAGAAGGAGAGCCGCCAGGAGCUUCAGCCAGCGGGGGAGACCCUCCUCUCGUUGGAGGGGAGGGGGAUUUCCAGCGACACAUCACUGACGAAAAGACCUUUGCAGGAGAGGAGCCCUCCGAGGGAGCGGGGACUCCCACCUCCCUUUGUGGCACAGGAGCCAGAACUGCUGGCCGAGUGGAGCGAGGGUCUGUGGGAGCUAGCUGUCAUGGACACGCCUGCUCCAGAGGAAUCCUGCCUCAGCUGACCUCCUCUCUAAGGCCCCUGGCUCUGUGGUUCUGUCCAGUUCAAAAUGGCAGAAAAGGCUCCACCUGGCUUGAACAGGAAGACGUCCAGGUCGACACUUUCUCUUCCUCCAGAACCGGUGGACAUUAUCCGAAGCAAAACGUGCUCUCGGAGAGUUAAGAUCAACGUGGGGGGCCUUAACCACGAAGUCCUGUGGAGAACUCUGGAUAGGCUCCCCAGGACACGCUUGGGGAAGCUCCGAGACUGUAACACGCACGAGAGCCUCCUGGAGGUUUGCGAUGACUACAAUCUGAACGAGAAUGAGUAUUUCUUCGACCGACAUCCCGGGGCUUUCACAUCUAUUCUAAACUUCUACCGGACAGGGAAGCUCCACAUGAUGGAAGAAAUGUGUGCGCUCUCUUUUGGCCAAGAGCUUGAUUACUGGGGCAUCGAUGAGAUUUACCUGGAAUCCUGCUGCCAAGCCCGGUACCAUCAGAAGAAAGAGCAGAUGAACGAAGAACUGAGGCGGGAGGCAGAGACCAUGCGCGAGCGGGAGGGAGAGGAGUUUGAUAACACCUGUUGCCCGGAGAAAAGGAAGAAACUUUGGGACUUGCUGGAGAAACCGAAUUCGUCGGUGGCUGCAAAGAUCCUGGCCAUCGUGUCCAUCCUGUUCAUAGUGCUGUCCACCAUUGCUCUGUCUCUCAACACACUCCCGGAGCUGCAGGAAAACGAUGAAUUUGGACAACCCAGUGACAACCGCAAGCUGGCGCACGUCGAGGCUGUGUGCAUUGCUUGGUUUACCAUGGAGUACCUCUUACGAUUCCUGUCCUCACCAAAUAAAUGGAAGUUCUUCAAGGGCCCACUGAAUGUCAUUGACCUGCUGGCCAUCUUACCGUAUUAUGUCACCAUCUUCCUCACCGAGUCCAACAAAAGUGUGCUGCAGUUCCAGAACGUGAGACGUGUGGUCCAGAUCUUCCGAAUCAUGCGCAUCCUCCGGAUCCUGAAACUCGCCAGACACUCGACUGGACUGCAGUCUCUGGGCUUCACCCUCAGACGGAGUUACAAUGAGCUGGGCUUAUUAAUAUUAUUUCUAGCUAUGGGGAUAAUGAUAUUUUCCAGUUUGGUGUUUUUUGCUGAGAAAGAUGAAGAUGCUACCAAAUUCACCAGUAUCCCUGCGUCAUUUUGGUGGGCCACCAUCACCAUGACCACUGUGGGCUAUGGUGACAUCUACCCUAAAACACUGUUAGGGAAAAUUGUGGGUGGCCUCUGCUGUAUUGCAGGAGUCCUGGUUAUUGCCCUUCCUAUACCUAUCAUUGUAAACAAUUUCUCUGAGUUCUAUAAGGAGCAAAAACGCCAGGAGAAAGCUAUUAAAAGGAGAGAGGCUCUUGAAAGAGCCAAAAGGAAUGGCAGCAUUGUUUCUAUGAACUUAAAGGAUGCCUUUGCUCGAAGUAUGGAACUGAUAGAUGUGGCGGUAGAGAAGGCUGGAGAGUCGGCCAAUACCAAGGACUCCGUGGAUGAUAAUCACCUAUCUCCCAGCCGGUGGAAGUGGGCCCGGAAGGCUCUGUCGGAAACAAGCUCCAAUAAGUCCUAUGAGAGUAAGUACCAGGAGGUGAGCCAAAAAGACUCCCACGAACAGCUGAACAACACUUCUUCCUCCAGCCCACAGCAUCUGAGUGCCCAGAAGCUGGAGAUGCUAUACAAUGAAAUCACCAAGACACAGCCUCAUUCCCACCCAAACCCGGACUGCCAAGAACAGCCCGAGAGGCCAUCUGCAUAUGAGGAGGAGAUAGAAAUGGAAGAGGUGGCCUGCCCACAGGAGCAGCUGGCGGUGGCACAGACUGAGGUCAUCGUGGACAUGAAGAGCACCUCCAGCAUCGACAGCUUCACCAGCUGUGCCACAGACUUCACCGAGACGGAGAGGUCGCCCCUGCCACCCCCCUCUGCUUCUCACUUGCAGAUGAAGUUCCCCACUGACCUCCCAGGGACAGAGGAGCACCAAAGAGUCAGGGUGCUUCCAUUUCUAACACUAAGCAGAAAUAAGGGGCCCGCUGCCAGGGAGGCCACACUGGAUUAUGCCCCAAUUGAUAUAACUGUGAACCUCGAUGCUGGGACGUCACAUGGUCCUUUGCAAUCUGACAAUGCCGCCGAGAGCCCUAAGAGCUCGCUGAAAGGGAGCAACCCCCUCAAGUCCAGAUCCCUCAAAGUGAACUUUCAGGAAAACAGAGGCAGUGCACCCCAGACCCCGCCCAGCACAGCCAGGCCACUGCCAGUAACCACAGCAGACUUUCCUCUCACGACCCCUCAGCACAUCAGUACUAUCCUUCUAGAAGAAUCCCUGCCCCAGGGAGAGAGACCCUUGCUGGGUGCUGAUGCUUCCGCACACUGUCAGGGACCUUCCAAAGGGCUAUCCCCGCGAUUUCCCAAGCAAAAACUGUUUACUUUCUCACCUAGAGAAAGGAGGAGCUUCACCGAGAUAGACACUGGAGAAGACGAAGACUUCUUGGACCUCCAAAGGUCAAGACCAGACAAGCAAACAGACUCCAGUCCCAACUGCUUAGCAAAGGAGCCCGGCGAUGCCAGAGACCCAUUAAGAGAAGAGGGCUGUGUGGGUUCCUCCUCCCCUCUGAACACAGACCACAACUGUAGGCAAGACAAUUACCAGGCUGUGGGUGAAGUCAAAAAGGACAGUAGUCAAGAAGGGUACAAGAUGGAGAACCACUUGUUUGCCCCAGAAAUUCAUUCCAACCCAGGAGACACGGGUUACUGUCCCACUCGUGAGACCAGCAUGUGACUAGUUAUAAAAGCAAUAAAAAAAAAACCCUUGUUUCUAAUGCGAUUAGUAAUGCCAUGAACUAGAAUAUGGGAAACCCCUCGCCUAAAAAAAAAAACAGUGCAUAAAGUGUUAUUUUUGCAUGGCAUGAACAGUUUAGUUUAAGUACUGUUUAAAUAAUGAGUCAAGACUGCAUUUUGUAACAAACAGAACCGAGUCCAGUACAGCGAGCCAAUAAAGAGCCCUGUUAGGAACCAGUGCUCUGCGAUGCCUGACAUUUUUGAUCCUUUCGUUUCGAACUGUAGGCAAAUUUUCCAGCUAUAACUUUUACAUUACCAUGAAUUUUAGGGCGCACACAUGAAAGGAUGAAAUGUCAUUGCAUGUGUCCAUGCUUUAUGGGGCGUAAGGUGCUUUGAGCUUGCAAAAUGCAUAACUUUGUAAAUAGGCCUGGGUGCAAAAGUGUCGAGAGCAUACGGACACGAGUUUCCGAGAGGCAGGCAUUUCCUUCCCAGCUACAGCCUGGAGGAGCUGUCCAGACUUCCUGUUGCAAAUCUGCGACCUCUUCUUAACACACUUUUUGCAUCUUGCUUUUGAUUAUAAAGCUCUUAUGUUUGUUUAAAGGAAUACAGUAUUUUUAUUUAUUUGGGAGAUAAUUCAGAGGGUAUGUUUAUAUGUAUUUUUAUUUAUUUGGAAUACAAUUCAGAGGGCAUCUUUUUCUUUUGCUUAGUUGUUGCAUCUGUGCUGUUAAGUAUAAACCAUGGAAAUUGUAAGAUUUAAUGACCAGAUAUUAAGCAUUUGGAAUUUAAGCUUGAAUGGUUUACCUAUAAAUUAAAUACCAUGUCACAGACUAUUACAGAAAUUCAGUUUUCAUAAGCUUGAAAAUGGAUAGAAGAUUCUAUUAUAAAAUAAAAAAAUCCAAAUUGGUAUUUCACAUUUGGAAAUCAUCUUUAAAACAAAUUUCUUUUAAAAAAAAAAUUCUGUUGGCACUGCAAACAUGGCUGUGUUUUCCUCUGGUGUCCAACAUACAAGUUAAGAUUUGUCGAAAUGGAAAUUCCAUAAAAUGACUCUUGAUAAACUAAAAGUAGAGCCCCCUUAAUUGACAUAGUUGGCCCCCAAAUGAGUCAUUAUGUUGGAGCCCAGGUCUGGAAAUGGACCACUAAAUACUUUUCAGUAUAGGAUACAGGUAUAGGCUGACACUACCAGUCGCAGAAGGAUGUUGUUCUUGCAGGCUUUGACCCUUCCCAAGCAUGGUCAGAGCACUCUCAGUAACUGCAGCAACUUGACAGGCUCUCUCAGGUUUCCAGCCCCAGAACUCCUUAGAAAAGGUCAGCACUUUCCUUGCUAAAAGUCAUUUCUGAACUUUUCUUACAGAGCACGUUGGAUGCAAAGACACUGGACACUUGCCUUGCUUUGUGGACAUCAAGGUUCUAGUUACUGAGGAGCAACUGCCAGCCAUGCAGUGGCCAGAAUGACUCUACAAGCCCUACUGAUAUCACCUGUACCCAAAUAAAAGCAACAACCAAAUUAUUUCUAGGUCCCCUUAAGAUUUCAAAUCAAUGAUUUCUUGUUUCCUGGCAACAUGCAGAUUUUGCCUCAGCAAAAUGCAUUCUGUGCAUGUGUGCUCAUGUGUGCAUACAGUUCAGGGAAUUGGGGGAACUACCAGGACAAACUAAAGACAAAGCUUAUUGUUUAAGGAAAAAACUCUAAAUUUUGUUCUUUUUUUAAAACAAAAACCAUUCAGGAAAAAAAAUAGCCCAAAUAUUUAAAAUCUAAUAUAAGUCUUUAAUAUUUCUAAAUUGAUAGCUUCUGGUCAUUAAAUCUCAAAUAAAAAAAUGAGUUUUGAUUUUUGUUAAUGUCCAGGCAGUCCUGAUAUCAAAAUUAAUUUAAAACAUUUCUUUGAUCCCACUGUGCUUAGAAUUUCUUAAUGGUUUUCAUGUUUGUUUCAAAACAUAACCUUUAAGAGUGUAUAGUCAUUAUUCAUUGAUAUUUUUAUUAUGCCUACUUCUUUUUGUGUCUAAAGACUAUAUGUUGAUCAGUUUUUGUAAAUCUAGAGUAUUUGAAUUUUCUAUAUAUAGUUUUUCAAAGUCAAGCAGGUGUAUCUAUUGUUAGAUGAAUAGCAAAUAAGCUACAAAGAUUGUCUUAUUCAUACAGCCUCAUGAAGCAGUUGUUUUCUAAUGGCUCCUAUCGAUGAAUCUCUGUUUGUUUUUUAUUCAUCUGGCUUCAUAAGUGGACUUAUUGCCCUGCCAUACGACCAGUGUCCGACUCUCCGUGUGUCUGCCAGGCUUUCUGCUGAGAACCCUGUUCCAUCUGCUUACGAUCGGGACCCUUCCCCAGUCUAAAAGUCUCUGCUGUUUUCCUAAAGAGUCUUUCCCUGUCAUUCUAAAGGGUUCAUAGGAAGAUCUCUGUCUGUUUUGUUUUUAAGUUUUAAUGAAUUUAAAAAAAAAAAAAUCCCGUGGAGGUCUCAUCCCUUGAGGUCUCUUAAUUCCUCCGAAGUCUUCAGCUGGGAGAAACAAAAGUAAAGUUCCCUCCAGGAGAUCUUUGACUUUGCUGUUUCACGUGAGGGUAUUUCCCAGAAUACACCUGUGAAGCCCUUCUACACUUCAGCAAAGGGUGCCUAACUCAGAGGAGACCGUGUCUGUCUGGAAAGACCUGGAUCCACCUAUCGAGUGCAGAGUUCUUCUGAAGUCUUUUAUGUUCUACAUUAAAGUUCAUGUCCAUGCUGCAGCUUACUCCAUGACAUAUCUGUUUCAGUAUUUUUUAAAUGCUGUUUUAUAUUAUUAAUCAACAGUAAAACUAAGAGUCUUAUGACUUCAAAUACCUCUUUUGUAUCCCUUGGAAAAUGCCACCCAAGUGUAAGAAGGACUGCCUGAAUGGAAACCUACUGGAAGGCUGUGCUUCCGAGAGUUUCACCAUUAGCUAGCUCAGUGACCAGGAAUCAAUGCCAAUGAAAGAGACUGUUUGAAUGGUCUCGAAAUAGCAUGAUCCCUCAAACAGCUAAGCUGUUUCUGCUGGCUUUCUUAACCAGCAUGAAUUGCCACAAGAUGUUUUUAUCUCAAAGAUAAGAGCAUAGAAAUACACCUGCACUGAGUGUUGGGAGGGAGAGCAGUGGUAAGUGCCUGCCUGGCAUGCACGAUACCCUCUUUAAUCCCCGCCACUGCAGAAGACGAAAGAAAAGGGGAAGAAAGGAAGAAAUGCACUAUAUAUGUAGGUCCAUACGUAUACCAAGUGGGUCCCUGAAAUUGACUUAAUUAUUCUCUAAACAUUUCACGACAAAGUCCCUCCGUCCGAUACAAUCGACUGCUCUGAUACAAGAUGUGAUCAAGCACUCUCAUGAUAAGAUUAGAUCUGAUAGUGACUGUGUGCCCAGCGUCUGUUCCCGUAUUCUCUUGCUAAUAUUUUUACUCUCAAGCUGGCUAUGAAAAUGUAACCAUUUAUUUUCUCUUGAAAUUAGAAAGACAGGGGAAAAAACACCUUAGGAAUGUAGACUAUUUCACAGUUCCUUCUCAACAGCCUUCAGAAUUACCAGUAAAGGACAAGAGAAGCCUGUUCUUUGUCCAGUUCCACACAGGUCACUGGUAAGUGGUGGACCCUGACCUCAAGAACAUCAGCUAACCUUCAGUCUGGCACAACAGUAUAUCACUAGAAAGAUACCAACCAGUUGCUUCUAUCAUUGCCUAAAAUUAUGUAAAUAAACAGGAACCAUAUUGAUGACGUGAAGGGAUUUUAAAGGAGCAGGAAAGUCUGUGAGGGAAUAAGGCUCUGAGAAUCAUUAGGAACCAAGUUAGGCAUUAUAUUUGCCAGCUGAAAAUUCUGGCCAUGUUAUACACAUCCCUUAGCUAAGGAGAAAGCCCCAUUGUUUGCAAUGAGAUAUGAUGCACGCAUGAGGCAGAAGGUUGCAAAAAGCCUCUUGAUCUUCCUAGCCAAAAUCAGACAGCGCUAAAAUUACCUCCAAUCAAAGGCAAAGCACAGCAUUUAUGGAACUUAGUCACCAUUUUACUGUUUAUCAUUCAGAUGAUUCGAGAGGAACCCUUCCUCUUCCAUGCUGGUCACAGUAGCCUGAGGGGGGCACAACUCUCAGCCUCAUGGAACUUCCUGCCGCUUUUGGCUACAUCACCCAUACGAAGGUGAAGAUACUUGAGGUUACUGCCAAAAGGUCAACUAUCAGGCUGAAAAACAUCACCCAAUGAUCUCAUCAGAGAACUAUAGAACAUAAAUAAAUUACAUUACUCUCCCAAAGAACCAUUUUCCUAAGAAAUAGAUGAAUUGUAUAAAGCCAAAUUUAUAAUUAUGUUUGAAUCAUGUUUAGUUUUUGUAGUGGAAAUGACAAAUUGUUGAUCUGAUUGAAUGAGGUUGCAAACCAUCUUUUGGUCUGGUAAAUUAAAAAAUAAUGCUUUGUGGUUGGGAAUGUACCUCUGUGGUAGAGCACUCACCUGCACGAGGCCCUGGGUUCCAACCCCCGAAUCAAAAAGAAAAAGAAAUGUCUUUUUAGUUAGAUAUAUUUCUCACCAAAAUAACUAAUAAUAGUCUGUCAAAAGUAACUAGAGCAAAAUUUAAUACUAGUGGGAAAGGAUUUAAAAUUUUUACAUUUAUGGAUAAAUAUUAAAAUGGAGCAUUUUAGUGCUUUUCUUCCUGCAGUCUCUUGGCAAUGCUACAGGAAUAUAAUAUUAUUCUCUACUUAAUCCUCUAAAUUCCUAAAAUUAAAAAGUCAACGUUCAAACACCCCUUGGCUUGACACAAAGAAUUUAAUCACUAGGUCCAUGGAGAUUUGAAAGUAUAUUAGUUAUUUUGCAAUUGCAAUGUCUUCCUCAAAGUAAUAUAAAAAAAAUAAAUAAAAAGAAAAUA